AUGCACAGUAUUGAGCAACUUUUGCAGGCAGCUGAAUAUCUCGACAGACGUGAAAGAGAGGCCGAACAUGGAUACGCCUCAACGUUGCCGAUGCCCGAUGAAUACAGUUACAGCUCUUCAAAAAAGAGAUCAAAGUCUAAAAAGACGCAAGGCAAUAGAUCAACUCACAAUGAACUGGAAAAAAAUAGAAGAGCUCACUUGAGGCAUUGUUUGGAGCGAUUAAAAGAUCUUGUCCCUCUUGGAGUAGAUUCAUCACGUCAUACAACACUAGGUCUUUUAACAAAAGCUAGGUCUUUCAUUAAGAAUUUAGAAGAGAAAGAGCGCAAGGCAAUGCUGCUACGGGAUCAGUUGGAGUGUGAGAACAGACAUUUGCGGCGCAGGUUGGAGCAGCUCAACCGGCUCAACCAGCUCAGUCAAGAGAAUAGCCACAGUCACAGUUUAUACCGUGUACGCCAGGAGCGCAGUAUCAGCGAGUGUAGUACUUCAACCAAUCUGUCCUCGUCGUCAAUGUCUUCGACUUCGUCUAUUAAAUCUGAAGAAUCUGAUGAGAUUGACAUCAUUGGUGGCUUCCAGAGUGACAGCGAUGACCGACUGAGUGUGGGGAGCCUGGCAAGCGAUGGAGGUGUUGAACGCUGCCGUCGCUAUAGUAACAACUUUUCCGAUGAUUCCGGUGUCUCUUCUGGGCUGUCAAACCUUUGA